AUGAGAUCCCUCACAUUGCUGAUCGUAGUCAUAGCAUGCGGAAUCUCCGUGCAGAAAGAGUCGAACAAAGCAGAACCUUCUAUAGCAAUCGUCGGCGCCGGCAUGAGCGGUUUGUCGGCAGCUCGACGAUUGAUUGAAACAGGACGAACUGACAUCGACAUUUACGAAGGAAUGGAUCGCAUUGGAGGACGUAUACAUCCCGUGCCAUACCGUGGUGGAUUCCUACAAAUGGGAGCAGAAUACAUAAACGGGGCGGACAAUCCAAUCUACAAAAUCGCAGAUAAACUGGGAGUCAUUGCCGACAUCAUUUCCGACACAGCACAACUGCAGAAUGCCGAAUACCUGAUUGGAAGCCAACCAAUAGACAGUUGGCAAAGCAAGCAUGAUUUGUUAUCGCGUGUCUACACGAUUAAAAGUAUAUUCAUGGAAGACUAUACCCUAUUUUUAAAGGUGAACAACAUCACUGGACUCAGACGAAAUGUUUUCGACGCUCUUACCCGCUCCUACAGGUCGUAUUGGGAAUUCGAAUGGGCAGCUGACUGGGCUGAUCUCAGCCCCCGAGUGCUGACCGAAUGGAACGAUAAAGGAACGGAAGGCGAAUCGUUUCACACGAACAAGAUUGGCUACAAAGCGAUACUUGAGCAUUUAAGAGCAGCUAUACCAGAAUACAUGUUCCACUUCAAUACCACUAUCCUGAACAUCAACCACUCAGCGUCUGGGGUUACCCUGACGACCUCCAAGGGGAAAAUCUCGAAGAUGUACGAUUACGUGAUUGUCACAUCCUCAUUGGGACACCUCAAGAAGUACCACCACAAAUUGUUCACACCUCCACUUCCACGCCAAAAGAUCGAAGCAAUCGAGAAGAUUGGAUUCGGUGGGUCGUGCAAGAUGUUCUUCC